AUGCCCAUGUUGCGCCAGUCAUUGACUCCUUGCAAAGAGCAUCCUGCUGCAAACCCCAGGAGUUGUACAAACGGCAGCGAGCGUCCCCACACCCCGUCUCCAUCAAAUUCUCCUAGACUUCACAAUGAAAGCUGUAGCAUUGCGCCGCUCACCCCGUCCCAGUCACCGAGGAACGAAAUCCGGACUCAACGGCCGGCUCCCUUCUCCGUAGUGGUGGCCGUUGACUUUGGUACGACGUCCAGCGGCUACGCGUUCAGCUUUGCCAACGACCCUGAGGCCAUUCACAUGAUGAGGAAAUGGGAAGGUGGAGACCCUGGAGUGGCCAACCAGAAGACGCCGACCAGCCUGCUGCUGACUCCGGAAGGCUCUUUCCACAGCUUCGGAUACACGGCCCGGGAUUAUUAUCAUGACCUCGAUCCGGAGGAGGCGCGGGACUGGUUGUACUUUGAAAAGUUCAAAAUGAAGAUUCACAGCACCAGCGACUUGACUAUGAAAACUGAACUGGAAGCCAUCAAUGGGAAGAAGGUGCUAGCCUGGGAGGUCUUUGCUCACGCCCUCCGCUUCUUCAAACGGCAAGCCAUGCAGGAACUUAAGGACCAGUGUCCGGCAUUGCCAGAGAAAGAUGCCAUCCGGUGGGUGAUCACGGUGCCGGCCAUCUGGAAACAGCCUGCCAAGCAGUUCAUGAGAGAGGCCGCAUAUCUGGCUGGGCUGGUUCCAUCAGACACCCCGGAGCAGCUCCUGAUCGCUCUGGAGCCUGAAGCGGCCUCCAUCUACUGCCGGAAGCUGCGGCUCAACCAGCUGAUAGACCUGGGCUACAAGCCCCAGGCCAACGGUCUCACACCAGACCUUCCCAUUGACUCCAGCUUCAGGCAGGCCCGAGAGCAGCUGCGACGUUGCCGACACAGCAGAACCUUCCUGGUGGAGUCUGGGGUGGGCGAGCUUUGGGCCGAAAUGCAGGCAGGAGACCGCUACAUCGUGGCCGACUGUGGAGGCGGGACGGUGGAUCUGACUGUGCACCAAAUUGAGCAGCCCCAGGGGACGUUGAAGGAGCUCUACAAAGCGUCAGGGGGUCCCUACGGGGCUGUGGGCGUGGACCUUGCCUUCGAGAAGCUGCUCUGCCAGAUCUUCGGUGAGGACUUCAUCGCCACCUUCAAGGCCAAACGCCCAGCCGCUUGGGUCGACCUGACCAUCGCUUUCGAGGCCCGCAAGCGGACAGCCGCUCCCCAUCGCAACAACCCUCUCAACAUCUCUCUGCCCUUCUCUUUCAUCGACUUCUACCGAAAACACAGAGGCCAGAAUGUGGAGACGGCCCUCAAGCGCAGCAGCGUGAACCUGGUGAAAUGGUCCUCCCAAGGGAUGCUCCGCAUGUCCUCUGAAGCCAUGAACGAGCUCUUCCAGCCAACCAUCUGCCAGAUCAUUAACCACAUUGAUGACCUCAUGAAGAAACCGGAAGUGCAAGGAAUCAAGUUCCUCUUCCUGGUGGGAGGCUUUGCCGAGUCGGCCAUGCUGCAGCAUGCUGUCCAAUCAGCUUUCAGUGGCAUUUGUCGAGUCAUCAUCCCACAGGAUGUGGGGCUGACUAUCCUUAAAGGGGCGGUGCUGUUCGGCCUGGACCCCACCAUCGUUCGGGUGCGCCGGUCGCCCCUGACCUACGGCGUCGGGGUGCUGAACAAGUUUGUGGAGGGGAAGCACCCCAGGGAGAAGCUGCUGGUCAAGGAAGGGAAGAAGUGGUGCACGGACAUCUUCGAGAAGUUCGUCUCGGUGGACCAGUCGGUGGCUCUGGGCGAGGUGGUGCAAAGGAGCUACUGCCCAGCGCGGGCAGGGCAGCGCAAGAUCAUCAUCAACAUCUACUGCUGUGCCACGGAUGACGUGGUCUAUAUCACGGAGCCCGGCGUGCGGAAAUGUGGCACCAUCAGCCUGGACUUGGAGGAGCUGGACGAAUCCAACUCACCCAAGAGGAGCCGGCGGGAGAUACGGGCGAGCAUGCAGUUCGGCGACACAGAGAUCAAGGUGACAGCCAUGGACGUCCGGACCUCCAAGACCGUGAGGGCCUCCAUUGAUUUCCUUUCCAACUAA